AAAAAAAAAAAAAAAAACCCCACCAAAAUGUGCUCCUACACGUACAGCUUCUACUACUGCAACCACGACUACUACAUCUGGGCCAACAGCAUCGAAGUGUGCCCGAACCGGCUGCUCAGCGGCUACUCGUACGACGCGUGGAGCAUCGACAUGUGCAAGAACCUGCAGGUCAAGUGCGGCGGCUUCAGCAACUACUACUGCUCCGAGUGCUCCGAGGACGUGUGUCUCGAGUACGAGCUUGACGAGCUCUGAAGGAUUGUCACCAUCAUCUCCAUCCAUUACCUCCUCCCCCUAUUUUUCCUUGUUUUGGUUCUUGAUCUGCUGCGUUUUCCCCCCGCGCUGGGCAUCAUCAAGAAGCGGCAUCCGCUUAUCGGCGCGUUUUAGACCCUGGAUUUCUUGGCGUUGAGAUGGCCGUUUUUAGCGCCGCACCCCCGGAGUCUGCCGGAGUCUGCCGGAGUAGUAGGAGUUGGACUGACAAAGGACUCCUUUUUGCUCUAUCUCUUUGAUUUGAUUUUUUCUAUUUUUAUUUUUUUGUUUCUAGGGGAGGCAGGAAUGG